AAAGAAAAAAAUUAACACUCCUGGACCCGUUUAAAUCCACAUGUGUACGGUAAGUUGGCCCGUUCCACAGAGGAAAAGAAAAAAAUUGACACUCCCUAUUCUACUCUUCCUACAAACGCUCCUGGAGCAGGAAAUUUGAAAUGGGGGAAGAGUUUUUUCCUCUCUGCGAUUAUAUGUUUUUAAUUUAAAAAGAUACAACAAAUGUACUUAGUGUGAUUGGUUAUGAUCUUUGCUUUUUUUUAAAGUGGUCAUGGUUCGAAUCCUAGUAACCUACUUUCACUAUGGAUGCAUGAAAUUUGAAAAGUAAGUCCGGUAUAAAAAAAAAAAAAACAACCCAUAUUUACGAUUUGGAUAAUAAAGCAUCCAAACCGAAACAUAAAAAGUGAAAUCCUACCAUUGCCCCAGACUAUCCCUUUUUAUGUUUCCUCUUCCUUGGAAUCUCAUCCUCCAUAUCCACCCACUGAAAAACCUUAUGAACAAUUCCCUUCAUUGAUUACUCGACUUCCCCUUCCCAUUUACUCUUUCUACCGUUUUCGCCCUGCCAACUCGAAUUGCCAUGGACGGACUGAGAACCUCUCCUGCGACCUCAAACCAUCAAAUCAAACCGUUGACCCAAUCAAACGGGUUUUAAAAGCUGGGGUUCCGCCUAUAACCAUCACCACUCACCACUGUAUAUCAAGAGACCUUCCACCUUUCUUAGCAUCUUACGAAGUUCAUUCUUCUGGAUGGAGUUCGUAUUCAUUCUAAAUGGGCCUACGAUUAGGCUGGUGUCCUUGGCCCACAUUCAAGCCCAACUGAUAGACUUGGGAUGGUGCGGCGGGAAUAUAUAUACGCUCGCGGUUCAGGGACGCGAGAUUCUUACCCCCAAUAUUUUCCUUCCCGCCCCCACAAAAAUUUGAACAUCAAUCUCCGGUUUUACUCGCCAAAAUUGCAGACCUCGGCACGCAAAAAUCAAGCUGGUACUGAUACUUCCCAACGCCAUCUCCAUGACUCCAUCCAUCAUCAAAGGAUAAACAGAGCGCCAGUUGAUCCGCUUCCCUCCUCGGCCUUCCAUUUGCUCUUCUUAUACAGCCGUCUCCCAGAUCUGUGAGUAGAUUCCCCAUUUCCCUCUGUUCCUUUCCUUGAAUCGGUGAGCUGGGUUUUCGAUUUUGUGGUUGAUUCCGAAGGUGGGUCUCUUGGGUUUUGCGUAGUUGGUUUCAUUUGAUAGGGUUAACGAUGGCGGGGGAAAAUAUGACCGGUGGGGUUUCUAAGCCGCGCCAAGCCCUAGGGGACGUGACGAAUCAGCCACUGAAGAGAGGGUUUUCGUCGAUCUAUGGCGAUUCAGGGUUGAAAGGUGUCGAAAGUUUCGAGAUUUCAGGUUUUGCAAAGCAGGUGUGUCUAGGAGUGGAGAAUUUGGUCAGGGAUAAGUGCGAAUCUGGGUUUAAGACUACAGGUGACGGUAAGGGGAAGGGUGUUCUGCUUCUUAAGAAAGACGGGCAAGGUCAUGAUUUGGACCCUGUUGACAGUGAUAUCGGAAGUGGCGAUGGACUUGAGAAUGUAGUUUCCUUGGUCUUAGAGCAACACCCAAGUGAAACCAAAGAAGCAUCUAACCACAUAGAUGGUGGUGUUGAUGUUGUUGAGAAAGGCGUGGGAGAAAUUGGAGAUGGGUCAAGAGAUAGCUGUGGAUCUAGCAGGACUGAUAGUGAUGAUGAUGCGAGGGUCUCUUACAAUGUGUCACUGAGCCAAUCAGUUGCUGAGGAGUUUGGCGGUAGUCAAGGUUUGACUAGUGAGUGCAGGGAUCCCGGUGUUGAUGGGUUGGAAGGUGAGAAAACUGAGCUUCAUGAGAGCUCAUUGUUGCUCAGUUCCCAGAAUUCGAAAUCCUUUCAGUUGGAUAGAUGCACAAGGUUUGAAGAAAGCAGUGGAGGUGCCUGUGCUAAUGCAGACUUGGGUGCCGACUUCAUGAAAACGUGUUCUUGUUCAUUUUGUUUGACAGCUGCUUUUAUGUGGUCUGACCUCCACUACCAAGACAUCAAGGGUCGAUUAUCUUCAUUGAAGAAGAGUCAGAAAGAAGCUAGCAUCUUGGUGAACAAGUUUUCCAGGGGAAGGCAGGCUGAAGUUCCCAAUCAAGGAAAUGCCAGUAACUCACUUCAGUUCGAGACUGACUUGACUUCGCAAUGGAGAUCACUCUUUCAGCACAUGGAGGAUAUAUUUGCUCAUGAAAGCUGCCAGAUUGAAAAGAACUUCCUUGCGCUGAAAGAUUUGAGAGAGAGUUGCAAGAUGGACCUGGCGAAGACUAAGGGUGUGCCUCCAGAACACCGUUAGCUGCUUACUCUACUGUAACUUUGGCGAAUGUAAGAAAAGCGUUUUACUUGAAAUCCUUUGUAGUUUCUGUUGUUUGUAUUUGCUUAUCCCGUGUGGUAUCACAAACUCAUUUGAGGCGUGCUUCUUCGGCCACUAGUGGGCUGUACUCUGUAUACACAGAAAUUGUACCAUUUGUUUUCAUGGUUACGAUCAUAAUGAGUGAGAUAUUGAAAUGCAGGUUCUGGAAUUAAAAUCUCUGCCCUUUUCAAUUUUCUCCAGCUCUUUGAAUCUGUCAUGUUUAUUUACUUCUCAACCUUAUUGGUUUCCCCCUUUCUAAUUAGAUGGAUCACCUCUAGAACGCUCUAUUAUUUUGAAUUGUUGUUCAACAACUAGAUGUUCUGCAUACCUCAAAGUUAUGAACAGUUUGCUGUCAAUUUGUUGAACCAGAUGUUAGAAAACUUCUGCAAUGUUCUCAUGCCUUGUAGGGGAGUUGACUUGCUCAGGUUUCUUUGCCUUCUGUCUUUGGAGGGUUUAAGGUUGGAAGGCCGACCAAGUAACAGGUUGUUUGUGUCACCAAACAUGCUGUCUGGCCUUGAAAGAUCGGAAUUCUUGAAUUGAAUAAGCAUAUGUGUCUGUCAAGAUGUAGGUAAUGACAUUGAUUUUCAGGUGGAUUGGUGUGAAAUGAAGCUGGAAGGAGGGGAAUAGUAAUUACUUAUGGAAGGAAGUAAACUUGUUUAGAUGGUGGUGGUUAUAAUCUGAUUGCUUGUGCAGUUGUGCAUGUUUUAAUUUGGUGGCAGAGCAGAGAAGCAAACACACUAUAGGAGUUUCUUUUCCCAACAAAGCUAGAGCCUAAUAGGUGGUAAUCUUUAUUAAUCCUAUCUAUGAUGGUUUAAAAAGGCACUCUUAAACUUAUGGUUAGGCAUAGUUUGGCGUUAGGCAACGCCAAAAUGCAUUUUCUAGCGAUUCUGUAGUAAGUUAGAUAUCUAGAAUCAGAAUGCAAAAACAACGUAAGGCGACACCUAGAUGCUGUCUAUGCAUAAUUAAAUAGAGCUAUGCAUUCAAUAUAAGAGGAAAUUAACCAUCUACAAACUCAAUCUUCUAUCUCAAUCAUUUCAAUAGAUCAAAACUUUGUGAGCUAUUGAGCUAUGAAUGUAUGAACUUGUGAUCUAUUUUUAUUGUUGUUAAUCAAGCGAAUUAAAGUGGGGGAAGUAUUUCAGAUUGUUAUUUUAUCCAUCAUGUCGUCUAAGUGGGACUAGGCGCUAGGUAAGACCCAAAACUGCUGUUGCCUUAGGCCUAGCACGUUCUUGAACCUUGCUAUCGAUCAUAAUCGAACGGUCAACAAAUGACAUUGAGGUAAAUUACCACUAAAUGUGUAGUCGAUUGGAUCAUCCGAAGAGAAAGUUGCAAAAUUUAUCUGAAAUACUCUCCUGAAUUGUAUAUUUUUCGGAGUGUGCUUGAAAUGAUGUAAAAUGUCCCAUAAAAUUAGGUAGGCUAAACUUUGAGCAAUUUGACUUUUGGGUAUAAUAAUUUCAGAUAAUGAUGAUAGACCACUCAGUUGACACUACCUUAAAACUCCCCACCAAUAAUGGCAGUGCAGCAGCCAACCUCAUCUCCUCCCCAAAAACAAGUCCCAAUCUCCAUGGGAGUGGUUGUGGUGCUCUCAUGACUGCCACUAAUCUAUUGGUUUAAGUUCUAGCUGCUCUUUAGUAACUUAAUAGGCUGGUGACAGCAUAAGCUGCCAUACUUAUCUUGCAAAAAAAAUUAAGUUAUCUUAGGUGAGUUGGAAGUUGGAACUGCAUAUCUAUAAACUGAAGUGUUCAUAGAAAAGAUUUAAUGAGUGUGUUUGGCUUGGUGAUUUGGAGAAUGGAUGCUGCUAAUUUUUUUUAAUCCAUUGUAUGAUAGUUUGUAUGAUGUUAAAUGAGGCAUGCUUGUUAAAACAUUGUUUCCAAUUCUACUUGCAGUUUCAUUGAUUUUCUAACAAAGUCAGUUUUUUUUUCCUUGUCGACCUUAACGAUAUGAGUUUGGCAAUCUGUUUCAACUAUUGCUGAAGCAGCCGACACUCUUUCUUCAGUAGCCUUUCUCACGAAGAUUACUUGUUUGUGCUUCAGCUCGUUCUAAAACAUAUUUUCGAGUUCUUCUUAUACUAUAUAUUCGAAACUGUAUUAUUUUGAUUUGUGCAAUGAAAUUUUCAUUAUAUUCAUAGUUGUGAUGGAUUGUAUAUGAUUGUUUAGUGGGUUUGAGAAAGCGCCAUUGAUGAGGCCUAAUAAGAAUAUUUGUUUUUGUGGGGCAAAACAAAGAUGAAUAUUGACCAACUAAACAAAGCAAAGCAAAGAAGCUGAUAAUUGAUCACUUAUUAUUAGGGAGGAAGUGGCAUUAGGGUGUGCCACGUCUCUCCCUCACCAGCAACAAUUUCCCUUUUUUUAUAUUUGUUAUCCGAAUUCAGAAUUGACAUUUGUGAAUAAGGUCAACUCCAUAUAUAACCUUUUUUUUUUUUGGGUUUGUGGUUCUUUUAUUUUUAUAAAUAAAUAAAUUCCACUCAUUAUCUCGUUUUCAUCCAUCCCCACGCCGCUGAUAAAUUAUACAGAAAAAUUAGGUUCUGCUGCUUGACCUCUUCUUUCUUAUCCUAUUUCUGUUCGUGGCCAGAAAUUUAUGUUCAAUCUCAAAGGGGAAGAAUCACUGCUAGGAAAAAUUGAGAAUAUUUUGUAUGGUCUCAAAUUUAAUUUGGAAGAUGGGUCUCGAGAAGAUGAAUCGACAAAAAACAAAUUGUGCUUUGAUUGAUCCACCAAGUUGUUCCACCAUAUAUAUAUACAUCCGAGUUACAUAUCUGUUGACGUCAUUCGAUAAAUACUUACUUUUGAUUGUGAAAAACGUCUAACUCGUAUAUGUAGAUAAAACCAAAUUUCGGAGUUGGCCAUUCAACUACUAAAAUAACCAUAAGAGGAUUGAUAAUAAUAUAAACAAACCCUCCAUGGUAGAAGUCAAAUGGAGGGAGCUAGGAAGCUUCUUCUAACAAGUUACAAGAAAGAUAUACUAAACCCAAUAAACCCCUAAUCUAACA